AUGAAGGAUCUAGGAGAGCUAAAAUUCUUCCUAGGUAUUGAGUUUGUAAUGUCUAGACAUGGAAUUCUCAUGUGUCAAAGAAAAUAUGCACUAGAGUUAAUCUCUGAGUCAGGACUAAGUGGUGCAAAGCCAGCGGGAACACACUUAGAACUGAACCAGAAGUUAACAACCACUGAAUUUGAUAAGUGUUUCAAUACCAAGAACACUAACUCAGAUGAAGUGCUGAAGAAUCCUGGUACAUAUCAAAGACUGGUAGGAAGGUUGCUAUAUCUCACUAUGACCAGGCCAGAUAUUGCCUUUGUGGUGCAAGUGGUCAGUCAGUGCAUGCAUAGUCCUAAAGUGUCUCAUAUGGAAGCAGCAUUGAGAGUAGUAACAUAUCUAAAGCAGGCACCAGGUCUGGGACUACUUAUGCCUGAAGAAUCUUCAAGUAAGCUGACUGCUUACUGUGACUCAGAUUGGGGGGCAUGCAUACAGACAAUGAGGUCUGUUACAGGGUACUUAGUCAAAUUUGGGAACGCACUGAUAUCCUGGAAGUCUAAGAAACAGAGUACUGUCUCCAGAAGUUUAGCAGAAGUAGAGUUUAGAAGUAUGGCAUCAUGUGCAGCAGAGGUCAUUUGGUUAACUGGUUUAUUCAAUGAGCUAGGUGUCAAGAUUGAACUGCCAACAACCUUGAUAUGUAAUAGCAAAGCAGCAAUCCAAAUAGCUGAUAAUCCAAUAUUUCAUGAAAGAAUAAAGCACAUUGACAUAGAUUGUCACUUUGUAAGAGAAAAAAUUAGCGUGGGACUACUGAGAACUGAACAUGUAAAUACAGAAGAUCAACUAGCUGAUUUGCUUACGAAGGGAUUGGGUAAAGCUCAACAUGAGUACCUGCUGGGCAAAUUUGGGCUGAAGAACUUGUUUGAAUCAUCAGCUUGA